AUGUCCGGUUCCCGCCCCCGUCGUCUCCGAGCCUCCCGGGCUUGUGACUACUGCCACAAGCAUUUCGACCUGGCCUGCGUCUAUGAGCGACCAUUAAGACGCGGCCGUACCUUGGCUGGCCAAUCAGUUUCACGUCUUGGCUUAUCGAGGAGCUCCCAUGUUUGGCCUGGACACCACCAGCAACCCAGCACCGCCAACCAUUCUAGCCUCCCAUCUACCAACAAUGAUGUGCCCAGGCCAACCCCUGCCGCCAUCCCACCCGUCCAGUCCCGUCGUGGAAGCUUCGGUGGUGUGUGGAACGGUGCAGACAACACCCUUUCAUUAGGUCGUGGGUGGAAGUCCUUUGCGAGGGCAUCAACACCUUUGCUGGCGCCCGUCUUGAGUGUAUAUUUCGAAACAGUGUAUCCAAUAUUUCCCUUAUUCGAUCGAGAAUCCCUCGAAUUAGCCGUGGCCGCCGGCGAACACACACGUAAUCGCGCCUUUUUCUGCUCGGUCAUGGCCGCGUGCGCCCUCGCAUCCUCCCGUGUGAGGGAUGGUGCCCUCGUCUCCCCCGGUCGCCACUCCCCCGAUCUGCUCGUUCUUCCUUCUGAAGAUUUCUUUGCGGCGGCGGAGGAAGCUCUUCCCAGCGAUCCUAUCGAUGCCCAUGACUUCAACUACGUGCGCGGUGCCGCGUUGCUAGCUUUGACGAGUAUCCAGGAUGGGAAGAUUGACCAAAUGCGCAAGUAUAUUGGUACUUACUUCACAAUCAUGGCUAUUCGACAGUGGCAUGAUGAGACACAUUGGCCCGAGGGCCUUUCUGCCCUGGCUAUGGAGGAAAUGAGGCGAUUGUACUGGUCCAUAUACACGCUUGACAUUUACUUGUCUACUGUUUGGGGAGGGUGCUUCCAUUUCCAAGAAGCUCACGCUCACGUGGACUAUCCCCAAGGUAUCUCCAGCACUCCCCAGACUGGAGACUCUGACUGGAUUGUCGGUUGGAACUUUACUACAGACCUGUAUCGAAUCCUAGAGCACGCUCUAACCCGAUUACGCACGCGGAAUUCCAAGUUUAACCUAUUUUGUGUUCGAGAUGGUAUUAGUGGAAGCUCCCCUGCUGGAAUCGUAGGUUCAGGCAAUGGGAAUAUUCUUGAAAGGGUCGAUGGCCUCUACCUAUCUCUGCCAUCGAUAUUUAAGGAACUCCGACCGGCCACGGGGAAUAUAAGCACAGACAUCUACGGCUUUCAAGCUGCUAAUAUCCAAGCGACACUUGCACUGCUCCGCAUGGUCCUAUUUUCUCUCGAAAUAGAUGCCGACAUGGAAAAGAAGUGCGCCGUUGCCGAAGACAUCCUGACCAUCUUUCACCAUGUGCCCAAGUCAUUCCAGCGGGCUAUCAGCACCCCACUUAUCUACCAUAUUGCCAGUAUCGGCAAUAUUCUCGGCUCGGUCAUGGAAGGCCCCCUCUCUGAAACAUCCUAUCAACGGGUCCGUGGUAUUCUCCUCUCCAUGGCCUCGCUCCUUGAAAGCCUGGAAGCGUUCCUUCGAAGACGCACAGGAGCGGGGAAACAUCUGAGGGAGCUUGUUGAGAGAAUCGACGUGUAUAUGGCAUCCCGAAGAGAGAUUCCAACCUCGGCCACCACGCAGGAAGCCGACCCUGGAGAGCUUCCGGCUGCCAACGUUGAUGGAGACGUCAUUGACAAUUUAUCUCCACUGUUCCAGCUGCCGGACGAGCUCUUGCAGGACUGGAACUGGCCUUUAAUGAUACUGGCUGACACGGAACAGCCAUUUAUUUGA